CUUCCGCAGUCUCAACGAGUCCGUGAUCUCUUUCUACACCACACUUAGUGCGCUCCUCUGGAAGUUGCGACCGAAGACCUUCAUUUCUAUCUCGAGAUCAAGUGUUUUUUUUUUUUUUUUAAUUUGAAUUAGCGAGAUGGCGACCAAAAAGAGCGUCGGAUCGUUGAAGGAAGCCGAUCUGAAGGGGAAGAGAGUGUUUGUCAGAGUAGAUCUCAACGUGCCUUUGGAUGAUAACUCUAAAAUCACUGAUGACACUAGGAUUAGGGCUGCAGUCCCCACAAUCAACUACUUGAUUGGCUAUGGCGCUAAAGUCAUCCUCUCCAGUCACCUGGGGCGUCCAAAAGGCGUCACGCCAAAGUACAGUUUGAAACCUCUUGUUCCCAGACUCUCUGAGCUUCUCGGAGUUGAGGUGAAGAUGGCUAAUGACUGUAUUGGUGAGGAAGUUGAGAAGCUGGUCGCUGCACUGCCGGAGGGUGGUGUUCUUCUCUUGGAGAAUGUUAGGUUUUACAAAGAGGAGGAAAAGAAUGAUCCAGAGUUUGCAAAGAAGCUUGCAUCCCUCGCUGACCUGUAUGUGAAUGAUGCAUUUGGAACUGCGCAUAGAGCACAUGCUUCUACCGAGGGUGUUGCUAAGUACUUGAAGCCUUCUGUUGCUGGUUUCCUUAUGCAGAAGGAGCUUGAUUACUUGGUUGGUGCUGUGGCCAACCCAAAGAAGCCAUUUGCUGCUAUUGUUGGUGGCUCAAAGGUAUCUUCUAAAAUUGGUGUUAUUGAGUCGCUGUUGGAGAAGGUAGACAUCCUCAUUCUUGGUGGAGGAAUGAUAUUUACGUUCUACAAAGCUCAAGGAAAAGCUGUUGGAUCCUCCCUUGUCGAGGAAGACAAGCUCGAUCUUGCAACUUCACUGAUCAAGAAGGCCGAGUCUAAGGGGGUGUCUCUCUUGCUUCCUUCUGAUGUUGUUGUCGCUGACAAGUUUGCUGCCGAUGCUAACAGCAAGGUGGUUCCUGCAUCCGGAAUUCCUGAUGGGUGGAUGGGUUUGGACAUUGGCCCCGACAGUAUCAAAACAUUCAACGAAGCUUUGGACACUACCAAGACCAUAAUCUGGAACGGACCCAUGGGUGUGUUUGAAUUCGACAAGUUUGCAGCAGGAACUGAAGCAAUAGCGAAGAAAUUGGCAGAAGUGAGUGGUAAGGGAGUGACGACAAUCAUUGGAGGAGGCGACUCUGUUGCUGCUGUAGAGAAAGUUGGUCUUGCCGACAAGAUGAGCCACAUCUCGACCGGAGGGGGUGCCAGCCUGGAACUUCUAGAGGGGAAACCACUUCCCGGUGUUCUUGCCCUUGACGAUGCAUAAACGUCCAGCUAAGAAUCAAUCAAUCAAUACCCUUGAUUGUUAUGUUUUUGGCUUUUGCCUGCCCGAUUUAUAACAUAAAAAAAUAUGUUUUGAGCUUGAGCUGCUACUGCUGUUUUGGUUUUGUAGCCUACCUGUUUUAAAAUAAUCUCUGCCGUAUAUUUAUUUAUAUCUCAGAGAUAUAAUAAUAUACACUUUAGUGUGCGGAAUCAUCGACCAAAUUUUGGGUCAUUUUUAUUGUUAUAUGGUAUGAUAUUUAUUGUUGCUGUCAA